UCUUCUUCUUCUUCUUCUUGAGAUGCUACCAAGAACAAGGAGCAUCUUUCACCUUGAGGAAGAGAGAGAAAGGGAGCUUAAUGCCAUUAAUGGAGUUUCAGUGAGAGAAGCAAGAGAGGGCAAGCUUGUUGGCCUAAGGAUCCUCAUACAACAACACCAAGGGAAGAAAUCUAACGUUGUGAUCAAGUCAUCAGUGAAGCCUUGGAAGAAGCCAGAGGCUCUUGGUUGCCAUUUUUUGUCUGAAAAUUUUCUCAAAUCAUGCUUCUUGUGUAAGAAAGAGCUAAGCCUCCAAAAAGAAGUCUACAUGUAUAGGGGUGAUCAGGGAUUUUGCAGUGUGGAGUGUCGCUACAAGCAAAUUUUGCAUGAUGAAAGAAGGGAGUUUGACUCAACAAAAAGAGAACGUAUCGAAGUAUCUUCUCAGCAUAUUAGGUCGUCUAAAGUCCAAACAUCUAGUCGAAGGACUAAGAUCUCUGUUGUUACUUGAAUAAAUUAUAAUAUUCUUUUUCUCUUUAUGUUACAUUAAGGACUUGUAAUAAUAUACAUAUGACGUAUCUUUUGUGUUUUAUGAGAAUUUAAUUCAACG